GAAUAAUUAUUGUGAAUUGAUGUGCAGCUCAUCUGUUGCAUGUCGCGCUCUAGCUUUCAUCAAAUUUUAAUUAAAAUGUUAUAAAUAUGUUGUUACGGAAUAGUCAAAACCAAGUACAAUUGUUGGUACGUAGUUGUUUCCAUGUUACGCGCAGUCUGACAACGCUAAAGAAGACGGCCGUCAAAGAGCCAAAAUCAAAGCCUGCAAACAGUUCAGAAUUGCCAACCACGGAUGACUCCUUGAAUCCCAACUAUUUGGCGCGAACGCUUGGCAGUAGCUAUCGCACUUGGGCCGCCGCUCUUGAGAAACAUCCCGAACUGAAAACGAUCAAGCGAAAAGAUUUACUCAAUUCGUAUGACACAUUGAAGUCAUUGAAAUAUAGUGUGGAUGAUAUUGUUAAAAAGCCGAUGAUCAUUUACUAUGGCGCCACAACGCUAUCCAAUCGCCACAGUGUGCUCGUCGAGUGUGGAUUCGAGAAUGUCACCAUACAAACCUUAUUCAAAUAUGUUACAGUUAUCAACAAGCCGAUUGGUGUGCUGAAGGCCCACCGCUUUAUACCAUACGAUAUGAAUGUGCCUCAGCGUCUGAUUGAAUACUUCACGAGUGUCAAGGUGCACCACGAGAACGUCGAUGAGGGCGUCACCUUAAAGGCAUUGCGCCAAUCGAUGCUCAAUGUGUAUCUGCGUGAACGCCUACAAAUGGACGAUGCGGAUCUGCAGAAGCUGUGGCGCGUCUAUUCCCGUGUACGUCAUAAGAGCUUUCGCUCCAUCGAGGAUACGAUCGAAUUGCUGACCAAUGUGUUUAAAUUUUCGGAGGAGCGGCUGCGAAAGAAUUGUUUCCUCCUGUACGCAGAUGCAGACAAUUUGCGCCGCAUUCUUCAAGAAAUACCCACAAUCAAUGGCCAAGAUAUACGCGACAUUGGACAUCGUAGACCAAAGAUCUUGAUGUCCACCUGUGAUGGUCUGAAGCAAACGCUGCAGCAUGUCCGCUCUUUUGGGAUCAGCGAGGAUGCGGUCUUACGCUGUCUCGAAGUGCUUACUCUGGGGCCAGAUACGGUGCUGGAGCGCCUUCGCGAUCUAAAUGAAAUCGAGCAGUUUCAGGCGCUAGGCAGCAAUCCGCGUGUACUCCGCUUGGUGCACUACCAGAACAAGGCUCGUCUGCGACUCGACUAUUUAAAUCAGCUAAAAGUCCGCUGCGCCUCAUUGCACAUUCUCUCCUGUGGCUCUGAAGCAUUUGCCAAAUUUGCCCGCGAUGGCUCGGAUCGAACAAAGGGUCGCGACAUUGUUGUCUAUCUGAGUAAUAUGCUUCUAAAAGAUGAGCAGAUGCUGCGCAAUUUGCUAUCACGUCAUCCCAACUGGUGUCACAUACCCGUACUGCAUGUCAAGCAGUGUCUGGAAUACUUACUUAGCAAAAGAUUUAAGCUUGAGGAGAUUUUCAAUAACAUACACCUUUUACUGUAUCCAAUCAAACGCAUUGAGGAAAAAUUGUUGCUGCUGCAAGCGACUGAGGCCAUGGAAGAGCUUCAACUGCCAGUCUCCGAUGUGCAUCAAUUAAGCAACAAUGAGAUUUUAACGCUCAUUUUGUAUCUCAUCGAAUCUGAGUUUCAUUUUACGGGCGAUGGCAUUUGGACGGAGCAGCAUACACAUCACGUAGAGAAUUUCAAUAAUCUUUUACCUGACUUUCCUGAGAGUCUCAACAAAGUCUACAAAUAUGGAGUUAAACCGUCAGAUAAACUGUCCGCGCAGCAUUUAUGAAGAACUGAAUCAAUUGUAAAUUGUAGUUGGAAAUAUGAUGAUCGCCUAAUCCGCAUGUUGUAUAAAACUGUUGAUUUUUCAUGAUUUUUGUGUUCUUUGAAGACAAGUAAAAAAUAUACAGAGUGCUAUAUUUGGAUUCCCAAAAACUUUUAAAAUUGUUAAAGUUUAAGCGAUUUGUAUACAAUGCAUAACACAUUAAUAUUAGUGUGCAAGAGUCGACCGCUUUUCGAUUCCAAACACAAUCACAAAAUUCUUAAAAAUCGGUUCACUGCGACACACACCUACAGCUCGAUUGUAUACAUGACGACAUGACAUAUAGAAAAGUGAACAUUGUAAAAAUACUUAUUUCAUAAUUAAGACUUAAGUGUGCUUAUUUUAAUCACAUUGCUCAGACUCGUGACUUCUGGCACCUUGCGCCAAAGCAUCGAUCGGUGGCGCCUUCUCAUCGUGGCUCGUUUCACUUUGCUCCUCAGUUUUGUCUGCCGGUGGCGUCUGCUUAUAGCAACUUGAUCCCUUUUGCUCCAAAACAUAGGACUCUGGCUGCUCCUCAUCGUGCCGCACUAUAAAUGAAUCGUAUUUAAGGGAUACAUGUUUGGUUUUCUCUAUCACUUCCUGGUAGGCGGCAGUCAAUGGCUUUUGCACAGCCUCCUGAUAUUUAUAAUCGUCAUCCUACAAUAAAAAUGAAUUAUUUAGAUUA